AUAGCACACUCCCUCUUUGUGAGAUAGAAAGCUGCUGCUGUGCCAAGGGCACACACUGCCACCAGGCUCUCCAGACCUGAACAAACCAGGGCACCCAAGGUUGUCCUCAGCUGAUACCUGAAUUCCAACACCAUCAUGUCUACAUGUGUUGAUGAACCCUUCAAUUUCCUCUGUGACACAAAUGCAGCAUGGGGAAUUGUGCUGGAAACCCUGGCUGCAGCUGGGAUUGUGUUUUCAAUUAUCCUUAUAUUAGCCCUCCUCAUAAUGAUGCCCCGCAUUAGUGAUCCUGCCAAGCGUGCUGUUUCUCCUGUCCAGCUCAUCUUCCUGAUUGGCACAUUUGGAAUAUUUAGCCUCACGUUUGCCUUCAUUGUUCAACUGACUGCCCAAACCUGCCCAACAAGGUACUUCCUCUUUGGAGUCUUGUUUGCCAUCUGCUUUUCCUGCCUAUUGGCCCAUGCGAGUAAGCUGGUGAAACUUGUUCGAGGAGGAGCCGGAAUCUGUUGGUGGGUGAUGCUAUUAAUGGUGUUGUGUCUCUCACUGGUGCAAGUAGUAAUAGCGAUUCUCUAUGUUGUGUUCGGUCUGGUGAGGAGCAGCACCCCUUGUACUGUCUUAGCACCAGCACCUAAUACUGAUUAUAAUCAGCUAAACCAAGACUUUGUACUCAUACUCAUCUAUGUAUUCCUGCUCAUGGCCAUCACCUUUCUUGUUUCACUCAUCAGUCUAUGUGGACCAUGUAAAUACUGGAAGAGACACGGAGCACAUAUCUAUGUCACAAUGUUUUUCUCCAUUGGCAUUUGGGUGGCCUGGAUCUGUAUGUUGCUAAGCGGCAAUAUAUCACUAAAUAAUGUCGCUCCAGGCAAGAACAAAUGGGAUGACCCAGUGUUAUCCAUUGCUUUAGUUGCCAAUGGUUGGGUUUUCCUCAUGAUGUAUAUGGUGCCAGAGCUUUGUAUGAUGACCCGAUGCCAAUCAGACAGUCAGAAAGACUGCAUCCAAACUCAACCCCGCCUGCUCAGACAAACCAUUGGAGUGGAUAAUCGAGUAUUCACUCAUGAAAAUACCAACCAAGGCCAAGACUCUGGACGAUGUUCUCCUGUUUCUUCACAGCAUGAUGCUACCAUUGCCAUGAGAGAUUUAGAACAGAAAAAGGAGUUCAGUAUACCUCGCCCACAGCAAAGACAAAACCCAUAUAUGCAGUACCGGUCCCAUGAUCUGAGCAGUAUGUAAGUGGAGGAAGCAAAAUGUGAGAUGCUACCGUAUAUAUAUCCAAGGCUCCCACAUCCCGCUGCACAAUAAGAAUAUGGAAACCAGAAUCUCUGCAGUGGGCCCAACUAGCAACGCAGAAAUGUUUUUGUUAAUAAUAUAGGGAAAAGACUUGUAAUUGCUCUAUUGCCAUGGUACCAGUAGCACCGUUUAUAGUAAUUAAUUUAAUUCUUACCCCGGGAAUGAAACUACUAUGGUCUACCAAUUGUUGUCCCAAAAUAUUGAUCUAUAAAGCUGGCACGUUAAGUGAUCUGUAAAGCAAAUUAUUAUCAGAUAGGCCUUUAGGUGCCUAGUUUGUUAACAAACUUUAGCCCCCUUAAAGGGUUAUUCAUUAUUAGCUUCCAUGCUAAAACAGGUUUUCUAACAAAAACUCUCUACAGAUAAAUUUAAUUAAGAGUUUAAAGACACACAACUAUAUCUGCAGAUGUGAUAUGCUGCAUAAUCUUAAAUAUCACAUUUGCUGCAUCGCUACUUAAUACAUCUAUAUGUUGCAUAUAUGCCACCUAGUGGUAACUGUUGGUGUUACAGCAGUUGCUUUCAAGGUUUGAGUUUGCAUCUCUAUAAACCAGCAACCACUGCUAAAGGAUACUAACAAUUUUAGUUCCUGCUGUGAGACUGUACUAUGAAAGACCACUAGUUUGCAUAUAAAAGUUGUUAUGGUGUAAGGCCAUGUGCACACUAUAGAUUUUGGUUCAUGUUAGAAUCCAGAGCAGUAAGGCUAACCUUGGCCCAAUCAAAUUUAGUUUAGAAAUUAUUACAAGUCUGUUUUUAGAAAAAAAGGGAAGGAUUUUGUGUGGCACUCAGAUUUGCCAUUUUCCAAUACAAAGCAGGUACACAGCACAUCUGUAUAUCACGUUAACAUGUUUAUUGGGUUGAAGAGCUUACAAUGCACAAGCUAUGAAAUCACUAGUCUGCAAAGGUUUUCUUGUAUGAAACUCUGUCCCACAUAUUUACGUAUAAAUACACCUAUAGAGCCGAAGUGUGUCAUAGUCGUAGGAAUUGGUAAAUCAAGAUACAGACAUUAUAAGACAAGGGCACAUACUUGAAAUAUUUUUUUCCUGGUAAAUACAAAUGAAUGAUUGCCAGCUGAUAUAUAGUGAAUAAAGUACCCCCUUUUGUAAAAUAUAAGGAUAUUAUAAGUUACCGAGGAGUUUCAUGACCAUAUAAAAACACGAGGCCGAAGGCCGAGUGUUUUUAUACAGGUCAUGGAACUCCGAGGUAACUUCUAAUAUCCUCAUAUUUUGCAAAAGGGGGUGCUUUAUUUAUUAUAAUACACAAGUUUUAGGGAGUCAUGUGAUAGAAAUGACAUCAGAACUCACCGUUUAUAAGGAUAUAAUUUACAAGAUAUUCAUGGCUUUUGUGUAUUAUAACUACAUAUACAGUAGUUUAUAGUUACUUGGUUUUAAUAUCAUGGUGUUAUAUCUUCUGUGACCACAGGGAAUAGGUCUGCUCGUGGCUGACUGUAAGUGGAAAAGUGGUAGAGGAAAUGAUGGUUUCAGCAAACCUAGAGGUGGCAAAAAUAAUCACACUAUUUAUUGGCUACAUUGUACUUUUUAACUGUAAUAAUGUAUAAAAAUGCAUUUACUUUAAAAAAUUGAUAUAUCUUGAAAUAAUGUGUUCAUACAAGUAUUCUGAUGAACAGGUUACAAAUAUGAACAUGUGUAAUAACAGAUAUUGGCACAAUAAUAGCAAACAGAAACUGGGACACGUACUCAUGAAAUAGUCAUGGUAAUUACCAGUCCUAUGGAAAUGACGUACUGAUACCAGAACUGGUAAAGUCACUGUGAUUAUGCAAAUAUAUCUUAAGAGACACUAGAGAAUUUAUGGCAUUGUCUAUAAAUAUGCUAAUGAAUGCUGAUUGCCAUGCUUUGUUAGAUUUACUACAUCAUAAGAUAAAAAUGAACAUAUGAAAACUAUAGUCCACCUUUAAAUUAAAAUGUGAUGUUGACAGCAAUAGUCUAAGAGAAUGUGCCAUUUGUCUGCAUUAUGAAUUGUUGCAGCUUUCCAGUUGGAAUUUUAGCAGCUAUCUGGUUCCUAGAGUCUUAUUUACCAUAGCAACCAGUCUGUGGCUUCAUGAGAGGCUACGAAUAAGAGAGGCCUGAAUAGAAAGAUAAAUAAUAAUAAGUGACAAUAACAAAAAUAGGGAGCAAUAGUUUUGGCUGCUGAUGACCCCUAUUUGAAAGUUGGAAGAAUAAAGAAACUUAAAAAAAUAAAGACCAGGAAGUUGCCAUGAAUAGUACAUUCUAUAACUAACUAAAAAUGUUAUUAUUUGUAACAAAGUUUUUAUCUGAAUGACACUGAAAGAUGCAGAUAACUAUGUAAAUAACACAUACAUACCAGGAAUAUCCAUGACCCAUAGGGCACUUCAUUUUCAAGUGAUUUUACUGGACCUUGGCCUUCUCUUACACUUGCCAGUACAGUAACAGCAAGCUGAAAUUUGCAGUGUUUUGCAUGACAGCUAUUUAGAAUCUCUACAUGCCAUAACUAUAAGUGAAUAUUUCACACUUUGCCACUAGGUGUCCAAUGAAAAAAAACAGUUUGUGUAUCUUCUCAUUUGAAUGCUUAUCUUAAUUUCCAGGCCCUCUGCUAGUCAUCUUCUGUUUUGAUUUCAAAUGGUUUGAUUUCCCUGGUGGCUAAGGUAAUUAACUCCUAGCAGCCAGAUCAUUUAAAUUCCAAGGCUGAGGGCUGCAUGACAAAAAAUGUAAAAGAAAAAAAAAUGACCACCACUUACAAAAUGUUAGAAUUCUGAUAUCUACACUAUCCCCAAUGUUAAUUUUAAAGUGAACAACCUCUUUGUUCCUGUCAAUACAGCCAUAAUAAUGUAAAUAUAAGCUGCAUCAUAAAGCAUAUGCACCGCUGAAACGUGUGAUUAUAUGUGUGUUAAAUUAUUUAUAAUAUCUUAAUAAAGCAAAGUAUUAUGUA